GUCAACUUUCCGAGUCUCAUUAAAAGCACCACGAUGGGAGGGUCUUGAAAGCUCCUCUGCCAGUCACUCGAUUAGCUCAGAGGCUCGGAGGACAAAACUCGGACAAAAACACGGAGCUCGUCGAUUAAACGAGAGCAGUCUUUUGACAGAGAUGGCUGCUAUCCGAAAGAAGCUGGUGAUAGUUGGGGAUGGCGCGUGUGGGAAGACCUGUCUGCUGAUCGUCUUCAGCAAGGAUCAGUUCCCAGAAGUCUACGUCCCGACUGUAUUUGAAAACUACAUUGCUGACAUUGAAGUUGAUGGUAAACAGGUGGAGCUGGCACUUUGGGAUACUGCAGGUCAAGAAGACUACGACCGACUGCGACCUCUCUCCUACCCGGACACUGAUGUUAUCCUUAUGUGCUUUUCCAUAGACAGCCCUGACAGUUUAGAGAACAUUCCAGAGAAAUGGACACCUGAAGUGAAGCACUUUUGUCCCAACGUCCCCAUCAUCCUUGUGGGUAACAAGAAGGACCUUAGGAAUGAUGAACACACUCGUAAGGAGUUGGCUAAAAUGAAGCAGGAGCCAGUGAAGACCGAAGAGGGUAGAGACAUGGCGAGCCGGAUCAGUUCCUUUGGCUACCUGGAGUGCUCAGCCAAGACCAAUGAUGGUGUGCGUGAUGUGUUUGAGAUGGCCACCAGGGCAGGGCUGCAGGUCCGCAAGCGUAAGAAGAGAGGCGGCUGCCAGCUGCUGUGAGGAGUUCAGAGCCUGUUGGCUGAUCAGCACCUGUGGUUGGACUCUCCCAGACAUGCGUAGAAAAACCUUAAAUCAGUGGCUUCCAUAGACUCUACUGACUUCACAGAUACAGGCAAAUAAAAGACUGCCACACCUGUUAAAACAUAAAUCAGCUAUUUUUAAGUUUCCUUUCCAACUCACUCAGUUAUUGUUUUCUAUUCUGUUUCUUGCAACCAGCACACCAGUCUGCUUGUGUGAAGGAUUGGACAUUUCCUUCUGUACGAAUGUAUGUUUCUAUUUAAAGAUGUCCCAGUCCAGCCUGUGUCGUGUUUGUUUGUUUACAGAGGAGGUUUUGGGCUUCCUGCCCAUUGAUCCUUUCUCUUGCAGUCGGUAGUAGCCAUUUUAGACGUGCUUCCAUCAUGCAUCUGCUGUUAUACACCAGCUUAUGUUGUGAUUCAUCUGUAUGUUGUACCACUAAUGUUUUCAUACACUAAAACUUGUACUUUACCAAGUUCUGUGGCAGCAGAAAUGCACUUCUGCAAAAGGAGCCUGUUGAACCCACUGCAGCCUACAUGCAGAACAGUGAAAGAGGAGAGUUUUUGUAGCACGAGUGUUCGGGUUGCUUGUCGUGUUCGUGGUGAUAGCUUUAACUGGCACUGGGGACAGUGGCCUGUUGUUGUGGACAAUACUGGCACUCUCAUUGGCUCUGACGGACAUCACUGCUACUGGUCCAGCCUCCUCUCUGACCCCAUCAGCUCCAGCAGACAUAACUGCAGGAUGAAUGCACCAUCUACAACAAAAAAGGUUUUCUGGUUUUAAACACAACAAACAGCCAGGCUUGCAGCUCAAACAUCACCUUCAGCUAACGAAGAUCAGUUUUGUAGCUCAUUUGGUUCUUUUUGUUUUGGUUAAUGGCAUAAAUUAUAUUAACAAGGGUGUUCCUGUUCAAGGUUGAAAGGGGAAAGAAAAAACUUUUUAUCACAUCAGAUUGAGCAUGUGUGCUAAUAAAAGAAAUAAAAUUACUUUUCCAAGCA